UUCCCUCAUAAAGAUUUUUGUUCUACCACGGAGCAAUAUAUAGCUGGCAGAUGCUCAAAUAUGCUCGAGGCAAGGUCAUCAUACCAGGAGGGAAGCCUAUGGUUCUAUGCGCCAAACAAAGGCGCUGCAAUUGCCUUUGCGAUCCUUUUCACUGUCUCUGGGGCCAUCCAUGGAUACCAAUGCUUCAAAUAUAAAUCCUGGAAAGUCACCGGGCUUCUUCCAUGGUCUGCCCUCCUAUUCACGGCUGGUUUUAUAACUCGAACUGUUGGAGCGUUCGGGCAAUGGGGAAAUAAAGACGUCUAUAUUGCAAGCACUGUACUCCUUCUUGCUGGACCGCCAGUAUACGAAGGCGCUAAUUUUUUCAUACUUGGUCGCAUGCUCUACUACAUUCCAUACCACUCACCCAUCCACCCAGGCCGGGUAUUCACGACCUUCGUCGCCCUAGGUGUGGUCAUUGAAAGUAUUACCGCGAACGGAGCAGUCCGAGUUGCAAGCUCGGAUUCCUCUGAAGCAUCACAAAAUGUCGGAAAGGCGCUAUUGAAGGCAGCGCUUAUCAUGCAGAUUGCUCUCAUGGUAGGCUUUGGGUCUUUGGCUGGCCGUUUUCAUUUCAACUGCUUCCGAGGAGGUGUACUGAAUCACAAGAUUAAACGUGCGCUGCUGGUCUUGUACUGCAGCUGCACACUCAUUACGAUUCGUACCAUCUUUCGCACAGUGGAAUACUUUUCUGCUGCCAGUCUAAAUGCCGUCAGUGGUAUUGCAGAUAUCAGUCCUGUCUUGAAGCAGGAGUGGUUCUUCUGGUUCUUCGAAGUUGUGUUCAUGUAUAGCAAUACUACUUUACUCAACGUCUUCCAUCCGAUGCAGUCGCUUCCGAGAUCAAACAAGAUCUAUCUUGCUCAGGAUGGUGUCACGGAAAUCGAGGGCCCUGGUUAUGAUGACCCCCGCCAUUGGCUGCAGACCGUCUUUGAUCCGUUCGAUAUUUAUGGUCUCAUUGUUAACAAAGGCAAAAAAGAGAAGUAUUGGGAGGCAAAUCCGUCUCGGGGAGAGGGUGCUAUUGUGCGUGACAAUGAGGGUGUGUGA